AUGGAGGAAUUUGAAGAAAUGUAUCUCUUUGAAAAUUCAUACCGCAAUUUAAUUCGUCGACGUCAUCGUCGGCGACAUCGGCGUGUGUGGGUUAAUGAAAUAUUUAUGUACAGAAAACAACUAGGUGAAUACCACCACCUUUUUGAAGAAUUAAAAUUACAACCCAUGAAGUUCUUCGAAUAUUUUAGAAUGUGUUUUAGCACAUUUCAAUAUAUUCUAAAUGCAGUCGAACCACUAAUAACAAAGCAGAAUACAAACUAUAGGGAAUGUAUAUCACCGACGGAAAGACUCGCUAUAACAUUGCGGUACCUUGCAACUGGACAUUCUUUUCGAUCUUUAGCAUUUUCGUUUAGAGUGUCAAAUAGUGCCGUUGGAAUAAUUGUCAGAGAGACUUGCAAGGCUAUAUUUGAUAGUCUAGUAUCACAUCAUAUGCCUAUGCCAACCGACGAAAUGAUCCACCAAAAUGUUGAAUUAUAUUGGUCGAAGUGGGGAUUUCCUAAUUGUAUUGGUUCGUUGGACGGUAAACAUAUUCGAAUGAAAUGCCCUUCUAAUUCUGGUAGUAUGUACUAUAAUUACAAGAAAUUUUUUUCCAUUGUUUUACAAGCGGUUGCAAGCCCAGAUUACAAAUUUUUAUUUAUUGAAGUAGGAGCUUAUGGACAACAAAGCGAUGGUGGUACGUUUGCCUCUUCGGCUAUGUAUCGUCAGUUUGAAAAUGGGUAUUUAAAUAUUUCUAAAUGUUUACCAAAUACAAAUACCUUGUUGCCCUUGGUAUUACUAGCAGAUGAAGCCUAUCCUCUAAAAAGGUAUAUUAUGAGACCAUAUCCAAGACGUAACCUGGGAGAGCAGGAAACAAUUUAUAACGAACGUUUAUCAAAUGCCCGAGUAGUAAUUGAAUGUGCUUUUGGUAUAAUAACACAAAAAUGGAGAAUAUUGACCAAAUGUAUAGAAACAACUACAGAAAAUGCUGAGACUAUUGUAAAGUGUAUUUGUUUAUUACACAACAUUGUUGUAGCCAAAGAAGGACAACCAAGGCACAAUCAUUCCACAGAUCAAAGGAGAAAUUUAGGUCAAAGAAGUAACUAUGCUUCUAGAGGGCAAAACAGAAGUACGACUGAAGCUUAUAAUAUUCGUGAAGCUUUCAAACACUUCUUUAGUAAUGAAAAUAUGGUUCAAUAA